UCUCCUCUGCCGCUCCUCGCCGCUCCGACGCUCUUCUUCGCCGCUUGACGCACGCGUGCGGCCCGACCAUGCCCGCGCACCUGCUGCGGCGUCCGAGCCUGGUGCCGGCGGCGCACCGUCUCGGCGUCGCUGCUGCGGCAGCAUGGCGCGCGGGCGGCGCCUUAUCUCCGCCGCUGGCUCGCAGCUCGAGCUCGCAGCGCACCUGCGCGCCCAGCACCGCCGGCAGCACCUCGGCUGGCAGCGAUACGAGCACCGCAGAGACGCUGCGUGCGCUGGCUCGCAGCCGCAUCGCCGCCGCCGCGCCACACCCGCCGCUGGCGCCGCUGGAGGACCGCCAUGCGCGGCAGCACACCUACCUGCGCAUCUCGCUCACAGAGCGCUGCAACCUGCGCUGCACGUACUGCAUGCCUGCCGAGGGCCUCGCAGACCUGACGCCCCGCGCCGAGCUCCUGACGCCGCACGAGCUGCAGCGGCUCGCCACGCUCUUCGUGCGGCAGGGCGUCGACAAGAUCCGCCUGACGGGCGGAGAGCCGACGGUGCGGCGGGACAUCGUCGACGUCGUGGCGCGCCUGGCGUCGCUGCGCUCCGAGGGUCUGCUGCAGCUCGGCAUGACGUCGAACGGCAUGCUGCUGCCGCGUCUGCUGCCCUCGCUCGCAGCAGCAGGCCUCACACACCUGAACAUCUCGCUCGACACGCUCGAUCCUCAUCUCUUCGAGCUCAUCACCCGCCGCUCGGGUGCCGGCGUCGCGCGCGUGCUGGCCGCUGCUGAGCAGAGCGUGAAGCUGGGCUUGACCACAAAGCUCAAUGUCGUGGUCGUGCGCGGCGUCAAUGACUCGAAAGACGUGCUGGACUUUGUGGAGUGGGCACGGCAUCGCGACAUCGUCGUGCGCUUCAUCGAGUACAUGCCCUUUGACGGCAACAAGUGGCGGCCGGAGAAGCUGGUGCCCUACCGCGUGCUGCUUGAGCGCAUCGUCGAGCGCUUUGGGCCUCUCGAGAAGGUCGGCGACACGGCCAACGACACGAGCAAGCACUGGCGCGUGCCGGGCAGCCGCGGUACGAUCGGCUUCAUUACGAGCAUGACCGACCACUUCUGCGGCACGUGCAAUCGCCUGCGCAUCACUGCUGAUGGCAACCUGAAGGUGUGCCUCUUCGGCAACACCGAAGUGUCCCUGCGCGAUGCGAUGCGCACAGGACUGCCUCUGGAGCUGAGCGGCGUUGCGCAAACAGACGGCCCGGCCAGCGACGAGGACCUGCUGCACAUCGUCAGCGCCGCCGUGAAGCGCAAGCACGCCAAGCAUGCCGGUAUGUCUGCGCCCGAGGAUCUCGCGCGCUCGGCGAACCGCAGCAUGAUCCGCAUUGGCGGCUGAGGCGGCGCGGCGUGUCGGAGGAGCUGCUUGCCUCUUCUGCAAGAAUACGCCCUGAUUCCGCGCUCGUGCCUCCUCUGCGCAGGUGAGCCACGGCCGGCGCCCCAAGUCGUCCGACAUGCGGCUCGCAGCUCAUCGCUCGUGGCGCCUUCAGGCACGCUCUCGCAUCUGCGCAGAGCAACGAGUGGCACGCUGCGGCGCACAAUGUGCCGCAGCAAAGUGCCGCUGCACCUUCUGCAGG